AUGCCUUCCCGGCCACUCAUAAUCCCAGAAAAACGCGCACUGCUACCUCCGAGGACAGGGUCCAGCCGCAAACCAGUGGCCAAAGUGCUAAAUCCGAGCGCGGACCCGGCUGAGACACGCAUGAGACAACCCGCUCAAGACGCCGCAGACGCCUCAGGGAUCGAAGAGGAAGAUGAAUACGAAAAGAAGUACAAGUGCACAGAAUUUGCCUUUGCGGUUCCCCCACAGCCCUUCGUCGAUCCUCCUGCGUGGGAGGCGAUGCUGAAGCGAAAGGAACAGGCCGUGUCGAGGCAGAAUGAGGGCACCGGUCACGGAGGCGUACAGAUUGAAAGUGAGUCAGCUGAGCAGCGGCGGCGGAGGCUUGAGCGAGAGGCCGAGUACGGGACCAUGGCUAUCAGGGGCAGAUCGAGUGUUCCCCGUGGGAGAGCAGGAGGGAGGGGAGGAAGGAGAACAUAUUAA